AUGCAACUGAAGGGUAGCUAUGGUGCAACUUUGAGUCGAGCUACUGUGAAGCACCUGAAACUCAACCUACCCCUCUCCAACCCCCCUGCUUUUGCGAUGGCGACUGUCGCGCGCGUUGCGGCGGCGCUGCUGAUGCUCGCAGCCGUUGGGCCCGUUGGGAGCGGGGCUUUAGCGAGGGAGAGGGCGGGCGAGGUGGUUGGGGCAUGGCGGCAAAAUGGCUCGGACGCUGAGGCGCGGGAUGACCGUGCAUGGCGCGUGGGUAGGAACGGCGAUGCCUGGAGGGGGCUGGCGGAUGGACAAGGCAGUGAGGGGGGCGGUGGCAGUGAGGGGGGCGGUGGCAGUGAGGGGGGCGGUGGCAGGUACGACGACGACAGCAGCGACGGGCGUGAGGACAUGCACGUGGGCGCGCGUGGCGGCAUGGCGGGCCCUGGGGUGUGGGUGGACGGAGUUAAACGGCACACACGGCCGGCAGGGGACAGAUGCUGGAGCAAAUGGGAGAUGCACAUGUAUGUCACGCGCCCUGACCGCCAGCUGCCGCCAUCCAUGGCGUUGAGGCGGCGUCUGUCGGAGUACCGUCGGAUGCACCGCCGCUGCACGCAGAUCCACCACUGGCUCGCCUUCUACCGCAGCCCGUACAUGGGAUGGAAGGAUGGAGUUGAUGGGCUGGGGAGCUGCAAGUAUCUCUUCUUCAUGCCGCCCACCUACCAUGGCAUGGGCAAUCGCAUAAUGGCGCUCAUCUCGGCCUUCAGCUACGCGCUGCUGACGAACCGCACGCUCAUCAUUCCGCCCGACUCCUUCCUCUUCCGCUUCUUCUGCGAGCCCUUCCCCGCCACCUCCUGGACCAUCCCUCUCGAUGCCUUCAACACCAUAUCGCAGACGGUGCACCGGUCGCUGGCGCGCAACCGAGGCCUCGUCAAUGGAUGGGACGGGCAUGACGUCAGCAUGCACAUGUCAUGGGACUCCAAGGCGGACACGUGGGGCAUGUUCUGUGAGGCGGAGCAGCAGGAGAUGGCGACGGCGCGCUUUGCCACGCUCUACACCGACUACUUCCUCGUGCCACACUUCUACCUCGUGCCCUCGCUGCAGGUGCAGCUGGAAACUCUCUUUCCCGAUCGACGAGUCUUCACCCACCUUUCGAGGUACCUGCUGCACCCCGCCAACUACCUGUGGGAUCGCAUCAUGCGCCUCUACCACGGCCACCUCGCCCACCACUCCCUCACUGUCGGCCUUCAGAUCCGGGCAUUCGAGGAGACAGAGGAGGAUCUGAUGGUGAAUGUGUUUGAGUGCGCCACCAACAUCGCCAGAGUGCUGCCACCUGUCAUGCCCACCGACCAAUGGCGCCAAACCGCUGCCUCUGUGACGGAGGAGGCGCUGCGGGGCGUGCGCGGGCGAAGCAUCGGCGCGCUGGUGGUGUCGCUGAACCCCACGCACGGCGCCAAGCUGCGCGACCGCUACGUGCUGGGCAAGCCGCUGGACGGCAGCACUGUGUCCGUCUUCAGUGUGAGCGGGGAGGGCGUGGAGAAGCAGGAGGACCAGCUGCAGUACGAGCUCGCCGUCACUGAGAUGUGGCUCCUCGCCUUCUGCGACGUGCUGCUGGUGACAGACACGUCCACGUUUGGGUACGUGGCGGCAGGGGUGGCGGGGGUGACGCCCUACACCAUGAACGUGGCCAAUUGGAAGCACAGCGACUGGCGCUCCAACGGCCGCCUCGCCUGCAUGCUCGGCUCCUCCGAGCCCUGCUACGUGCACCCCGUGCAGGAGCGCUUGCUGUGUCCCGGAGAGCCAGAGAAGCGGCCGCUGGAGAACAUACCACAGACGCGCGCGUGCCACGCCACGGGCGUAGGGCUCACCACCAACCUGCCGCCGCUGCCGCUGCCCUCGCAGCACGACGGGUGGGAUGGCGCACAGCAAGCUCCACCACGUGCCUUUCAUGGCCCUGUGGCUGCUGUUCCUGCUGCUGCCGCUGGUUCUGCUGCUGGCAUGGGUGGAGGGUCAGCAACAGCAGCGUGGGGAGGGCGAGAGGGUCAAGGGCGGGGUGAGCGGCGGGUAGGGGAGCAGGGAGCAGGGGGUGCAGCGGAUGGUGACUCCUAUUAUCUGGAGGAGGAGCACGCCUGA